AUGACAACUUUCGCGAAGAUGUGGACAUUAUCGAUCUUUCUUAUGAUGCGUGUUGUAGAUUGCUCAGCAGAUUUGAAAUUUGAGAAAGAGCUAGGAGUGGCGAUGACAUUAGAGAAUGUGAAAGCAUCUCCAUACUACAAAGACAAAGUUUUAUCCAUUCCGAUUUCUGAAGAAGCUGGUGAAGAACUAUGGCAGCACUGGACGGAUCAAGCAUUUUCUGGACUCAUUUCAGCUAUUGCUACUAGAAGACUGAAUUUAGUUGAGAAAUACGACAAGAAGAAGCAUGAAAAGUGUUCCGCAAAGGCUCAUGACGUUGCGAGUCAUGCAAAAUGUCUUGUUGCUUUGGAAGGAGAUGGAUUGACAAAUCGAUUGCUGAAGAGGAAGAAGUAUUUUGAUCAGAAAAGCAGGAAUAGAAUCGAGAAAAAUUCUAAAAAAUUGCGGAAGAGCAGUUCGGAGAAGCUGUCUAGGUUGAGAAGUAUGGAAAGUUACGAGGCUUCAAAAAGUACUGUAAAUAAAACUAAAAGAAGAAGAAUUCUGAUAACGUCAUCUGAAGAUUCAGUAAAUGUCAACACGACUGAAAAUUAUUGGACGGGAACAUUUAGAACAGUCAGAAGAGCAAGACGAUCUAUUAAACAAGCUGAUACCUACACCUUAAAAUCCGAACUCGAUAGGUCAGUUUUUCAAGAAGCGAAACGAAUAAAAUCAUCCGGAAACAGUUUUGUGAAGAAGCAGAAACAAAGAGAUGGAUAUCUGCUGAAUUUUGCAAGCAUUGAGAACCAUAUUGAAGACGAGGAGCUGAAAGAAAUGAUUCAUCAACAAUCAUCGAAUAUGACAGAAGAAGGGAAAAUGAUGAUGGUUCCGAUUGAUUUGAUCCGGCAAGCAGCAAAGAUCGGAUUGGGACUCACUGGACAAAAUACUACUUUUAUGGGUAAAAAGAAUCUGAAACUUCUCAGUCCAAGGUUCAUGAGUGUGUUACCGGAAGAUCAAGAAACAAAGGCAAAUGAAAUAGAUAUCCUAUCUCCGUCCCUGUUCUCUCUUCAUGAUUCUGGAACCGAAAUUGAAAAGAAGACGUCGUUGAAAUUUCUUCUGGGAUCUGCAAUGGAUUCUGCAGAUUCUCAAAACUUUUUGGAUUUAUUGGUAGAAGCAACUGGAGUAGCUGAAGCUGUAGAAGAUGCAGAACAGAAAAUGAUAGAUGCACAACGGAAGAAGGAUGAUGCAAUGGGAAGAGGACCAGACGGACAACCAUUGUAUUUCACAAAAGAGAAUAUCACAGAGAGAUUCCCAUCGGAAGCGAAAAAGAUUGAAUUAUUCGAGGAAUUGGAUAAAACAUUUUCAGUGGAUCAAUUGAAGGAUAUGAAUCAGACUGGAUAUACGGUACUCAAUCCAAAACAAAUGCAGAUGAUGUAUGGAAAGAAGUCGCCUUUUAAGAAUUCAAGACUUUUGAGAAAAUACAAAAAUAUGACGACAGCUGAGAUCCACCGAUCAAUUCAUAAUACUAUUAAGGACGUGGCUGAUGAGAAGUUGAAGUUUGAGGUCCGUCAGAAAGAUAUCGUCCUCUCCCCAAUCCUUGCCACUCCCAUCAUCAACAAUCCCGUUCUAACUUCCCAACCUCUAAUUCUUUCUCCUGCAGUAAUGGUACCUCUCAUCCAAUCUCCAGCUGUAUUCGGAGCAGUUAUUCUAUCCCCAUGGCUCUUCGUUCCUGUGAUUCUAUCUCCUCGUUUAUUGAGUCCAGUCGUUUUAACACCGUUUCUUUUUGCUCCUAUAGUUUUGUCUCCACUCGCUCUUGUCCCUGUCAUUUUAGCUCCCGGUGUCUUCAACCCGUUCAUUUUAUCCCCUCUCGUUCUCUGCCCAUUUGUAUUAUCUCCUCAAGUCAUGACUCCUCUAAUUCUUUCCCCGUUUGCUUUGACGCCAUUGAUUCUGACACCACUGGCUUUAUCUCCAAUUGUUCUAUCCCCGUUUGUUUUAUCUCCACAAGUAAUGUCCCCUCAAUUCGUAACAGGUAUCAUUCUGUCUCCAUAUGCCCUUUCUCCAGCUAUUGAGUCAAAUGGAAAGUUGGUAACCGUAUUUGCCUCUCCGAGUUGGCUCAGCUAA